AUGGAUUGUACUCAUAUCAAACGAUAUCGAUCUGAUUUGCCAGAGACGCUCGUUGACGGCCAGAGUACUGAUGUCGCUGGGCUGAUAAACUUGGAGCUAGACGCCAACAAUGCCAACCCUGACACACUGCCUGCUAACCUGCCCGAUGAAGUUUCAAAUCAAAAUGCGCCCCCAGCAGGAGAACCUCGCGGUUAUGUACGGAUGAUGGUCAUGGACGGAAAGACAAUCACGCACAAGAAAUCUGCUUUAUUUGCCUGUAAUAAUCCUCUGGUCAAUUACAAGAAUGGACGUUUCUGUCAAGACCAUCUUCUGGAGGGACGCAAAUGCGGUAUCGUUUCCUGCGGGGAGCAUGUGAGCUCUGUCGACUCUCUCACGUGCAAUAAGCCGGAGCAUAUGGCUUGGUAUCGACGGUUUGAUGAACGAUUUCAUCGUUUAUCUUAUCCCGGAGUCAAAUGUGUUAUUCGAAGACAAAAUAUUGCGUCUGAAACUGGGGAAGACGGUGGUGGGCCAACACUCGAAAUCAGCCUCCCUGAGCUGGACGGCAUCCCCUGGAACAAAGUCGAACAUACAUUCCGGGCCAGAACAACUUACUGCUUGGAAACCGCUCAAUGGGCCUGUGUAUAUCCAAUUGGCUGGACAAAAUGCUAUCGGGCAGAGAGUCCUUCUGCUAUUCUGGCUUUUAUCGACUAUUUAUGGGAUGGAAAUAGUGCUGCCCGACCUGGUUUCAUUGUUUACGACAAGGCUUGCGAGCUCCUUCGUCAUAUUGUGACCCAGAAUGCUCGGAGUGACUGGAUCGAGACAACCAAGUUUAUCGUCGACGCUUGGCACUACAUCGGGCACCGAGCGACAGAUAUUCUCUGUCGAGUAAGAUGUAACCCGGCGCCAAUGGAUGGAUCCCAGCCCGAUCUUGUUCUGGUAGAAGAGGAUGACCAUGGUGGUCAGCAUCAAACCCGAGCGUUCAAUACCGAAACAGCUGAACAGCUUAAUUCAUGGCUGAAUGGCUUUGAAUCUCAAUUGCGACAGAUGACAGACGUGAACUAUGACUUUUAUGUCCAUGUUUUGAUGCUCCUCUACAGUGAGACGGUGAAUGAACGGAUUGAGAGGCGUGGACAAGAGCUGGGGGAAGGAUUUUUUGAAGUUGUUGAUGGAGUCACUGAGUUAGGUGUGUAUUAG